AUGUCGCGCUCUUUCCGCGUAUCUCCUACGCACAACAUCGCGUAUAAACAGGACUGCGAGUAUAGCAUUCAGCUGAAUCGCUGGUUCCUGAAACCGAUCGGCGCUUGGCCCGGGACCGAUAUGUCGAUCAGCAUCGCGGACAAAUUGCUGUCGCGCUGUAUCCAAUUCAUCUGUCAUUCUUUGAUUGCCUUUACCGUAGUGCCCUGUGCGCUGUACAUCUUAUUCGAACCGGACGUGCGUUUGAAACUGAAAGCUUUCGGCCCGAUGAUACACUGGCUGAUGGGCGGCGCGAAUUAUUGCUCAUUGCUGUUUCGUAGCUACGAGAUACGCAAGUGCGUGGAUCACAUGCGCGACGAUUGGCAGGUCGUAAAGAGAGCGUGCGAUCGCGAAGUGAUGCUGAGGAACGCCAAGUUCGGCCGAUUUGUGUCCGGUUUUUGUGCAGUCUUCAUGCAAGGUGGCGUCUGCUCCUACAGCAUCAUUACCGUUCUGACAUCGGUGAUCAUUCGUAUCGACAAUGUCACCGUAACGAUGCAUCAGCUGCCGUGUCCGUUCUACACGGAGCUAGUGGAUGUCAGAUACAGUCCGGCGAAUGAGAUUAUAAUAGGCCUUCAACUACUGUCGACUUUUAUAGUCAACUCCAUCACGGUAGGCGCAUGCAGCCUCGCCGCAGUUUUUGCUAUGCAUGCCUGCGGCCAGUUAAGCAUUCUGAUGAUGAGACUAGACGAACUUGUCGAUGAGACGAAAGACAAACGUGAGACCACGCAUCGGAAACUGGCUGCCAUCGUGGAGCAUCAUUUACGUGUACUAAGUUUUGUAUCACGAAUAGAAACAAUUAUGCAUCAAAUAUGUCUCGUCGAGUUAUUGGGAUGCACGACUGAUAUGUGCAUGCUCGGAUAUUAUACGAUCACGGAAUGGGAAUUGCACGAUACGAAAAAUUUGCUUACAUACUUCACUAUAUUUGUAGCUAUGUCAUGCAACGUUUUUAUAUUUUGUUACAUAGCUGAAAUCCUUACUGACCAGUGUCAAAAAAUAGGCGAAAUGGCGUACAUGACGGAAUGGUAUCGGUUGCACCAUAAAAUUGCGCUUGACUUGAUCCUAAUAAUCUCGAGAUCAAAUGCCGUCAUAAAAAUAACUGCCGGAAAAAUGAUACAAUUAUCUAUUGCUACUUUUGGAGAUGUAAUAAAAACAGCGUUUGCAUAUUUAAAUAUACUCAGAACGGUAGCAAUGUAA